UUUAGAAUUAGUGAAUUAGGGCUAGAAUGGUUUAAUUCCACAAAAUGUACCAUAUAAAAAUUGUCAGUAACUUGUUAUACUGUUUUAUAAGUUUUUUAAGGCCCGUGUACAUCGGUUAAGAAUUUUUGUCUUGCAAGACAAACUUUUGUAAUGAGCGUGGAGAUAUGCAAGUGACCUGGGGUCAACACAUCGGAGAUUGAAUUGCGCAUCCUCAGUGGAGACAAAUAUGUCGGAAAAGCGAGGCAGAAAGUCGGAUAAGUUAACGGACUCUGCACGAAAGCGUCACAAAAAAGAGGCUAAUGCUAAAUUAAAUAAAUUCAAAAUUUACAUUGGUGACCAGUUUGACAGAUGGACGGACCUCCGGACAAAACUGACAAUAACAUCGAACAUCGAACUGGCCAAGAUUCUGAUGGAUAGAUAUGAAAGUAAAUCCGAGUCAUUUCUGCCCCAAAUUACUUCAACACCUGGACCAUCAAUGGUGUGUAAUCUCCUUGAAGUUGAAUCCGAGUCGGAUAGUGUAACAUCUGAAUGUGACAACACUGAGAUGUCAAACAAGACUAUGAAGAGUAAGAGUGGACAUGCUUGUAAAAAAUUAUAUGACAGUUUUUUGGAUCCAUUUGAAUUGUCAAUGACACCUUCGGAACUUGAAUUGCAAGGACAGGGGGAUAAUUCUUCUGAUGAUGAGGAUUAUGAGCCAAGCUUCAAUUUAUCCUUAAGACUAGAUCAUGGCCUUCUAUCUAGUGAAUCAGAGGAAGAGGAUUGCAAUGAUGACAUGGAAGAAGAGCAUGACAUCGAGCCUUAUCCCUGUAUUAAAGUAGUAACGACAAAUGCAGAAGUAAACGAACUGUUAUCAGAUAGACCAGUCCUUGUGUACAUGGAUGCUCUUCUUUCCCUGGCCAGAGCAAAUGUCCAUCAUGUUUGUGGCGUGAAAGGAUGUGGACAAGACAUCCACAUCACUUCAGAAUUUGUCUCCUCAGCUGUAUAUUUGAAAUGGAGCUGUUCAAAUAAUCACAUUGCUCAUAAAUGGUGCUCGCAAUCGCUCCUCAACAGAAGAGUCCACAGUGGUGAUGUUUUAAUGGCUGUUUCUCUGUUGGCCUCAGGUGGCAACUUUCAUCAGUCUACCCUUUUUUCAAAAUUUUUGAAGUUGCCAUUUCUCUCUUCUUCCUCUUUUACCAAAAUUCAAAGAAGAUACGUCAUUCCAGCAAUUGAGGAAGUAUGGGAAAACCAUCAGGGUCAUAUUUUGGAAGAAUUCAGAGACAAAGAUGUUGUUAUUCUUGGGGAUGGUCGUAUGGAUAGUCCGGGCCAUUGUGCGCAAUAUUGUACAUACACCUUUAUGGAAAAUGAAAGCAAGAAAAUAUUGUGCAUAUUAACCAUGGACAAGAGGAUGACAGGGAAAAAUAGUUGUACAUUAGAAAAAGCUUGCUUCCAGAAAGGUUUACAGUUCCUCUUACAGAGCGGGAUACAUGUUGUAGAGGUUGUCACCGACGCACAUGUACAAAUUGAAUCUUUGAUGAAAAAUAACUAUCCUGAUAUCAAACAUUCCUUCGACAUCUGGCAUGGGUCCAAGAAUCUAGGCAAAAAACUGUUAAAGGCUGGCCAAGAGAAGACCAAGAAACCUCUUCUGCAGUGGACAAGAGAGGUGGUGAACCACUUCUGGUAUUGUUCAGCUUCUGCCAACACAGUUGAAGAGUUCAUUGGCAUAUGGUGUGGAGUUAUACAUCACGUAAUUGGAGAGCACGAGUGGAUUCUGCCUUACAGGAUUGGAGGGAAAAGCUGUUGUGAGCACGGUCCUUUGACUGAGGAGGGAAACAAGGACUAUCUAGUGGCAGGCUCUCCCGCACAUGUGGCACUGCGAGAAAUUGUGUUGGACAAGCACCUUCUAAAGAAAAUACCAUAUUUUCUGCAUUGCAGAAGCACUGCUGCGUUAGAGUCAUUUCAAAAUCUUAUUUUGAAAUACUCGCCAAAAAGACUAUCCUACACACCACAUGUGUACACGGCCAGAACGCUACUAGCAGCAUUGGACCAUAAUGCCAACUGUGAUAGGCCAGCUGCAGUGAAAAAGGAUGGCUCUCUCAGACAGCAGAGAUAUUAUAGUAAGAAGAGUGGGCACUGGUCAGUUUGUCAUGUAAAGGAGGAGAAGACAUAUCCAUAUGUCAGUGACAUCAUUUCGUCCUGUAUUGAAAAGCGCCUGGUAGAUCCCAUUGGAAUGAACAGGCCAGUCGUACUAGAUGCUGACGAUCCAAGGCGCAUUUCCAAGACACUGGCUUCUGUUGAACCCCCUCCAACAGCGCAGCUUGUGGAAGAAAAGAAAUCAAGAUUUCCCGUGGAAAAGGACAUUAAGCCCAAGGACUAAAAAAUUAAUUUAAAUACAUACUAAGAACACAAUGCACUGGUUUUGUGUUUUUUAUUAAAACCCAAGAACACCUUCAAUGUAACCAAUGUAAUGCCCUGAUGGAUCUGGAUAUC